GAAGGGCGGGGGAAGGUGUAAAACCUGAUUUGCAAACCUGAUUUGCAAUACAAACCUGAUUUGCAAUACAAACCAUCAUUAUGGAAUUGCUAUAAAGCCUAUACUGAAAUAGUAGCUUCUCCCUGAUGUAGUGAGUAUCAUGUGUUAUAUUAUGGAAAGUCUGGGUUAAGUUUCACUCAGUCUGAAACUUACUGGGUGAUUUGGGAUUUUUAGAUCAGAAUGAUCAUGCAAGCCGCCAAGAUAUUCCCCUCUGACACUCUGGAAGUGAAAGUUGGUCUUUGAAGAAGUUAGGAUAGGAAGAAUAUUGACACUUUUGGACUUGGUUGUUGGAGAAGACUCCUGAGAAUAGAAAGCCAGAAAACAAAUGAUCAUCAAAUAAAUCAACUCAGAAUUAUCACUCGUGGCACAGAUGAUCAGGCUCAAGUUAUCUUGUUUUGGACACAUCAAACGAAGAUCUAGCUCUCUGGAAAAAGCUCUAAUGAUAGAAGAAAGGUAGAAGGAAAGAGAAACUGAGGACAACCAGCAAGUUAUGCAAAGCCAGAACAAACUAUGGCAAACUACAAGGCAAAGGAAGAAAAGGAUGUGGUCAAACACUUUAGUGACGUUAACUUCCCUCUCUGAGGAGAAGGGGAAGCCACUCUGUACCUUCUCUCCAGCUACCCCAGCAGCAUAAUGGAGUAUCUUCGAUCGCUCUUUGGGAGCCUGCAACAGGCUUUGGAUUUUGUUUCCUCAUUUACUACUUACCUUUUUGGAAAUGAUCCUCAUCCAGGAGCAGAAGAGGUAGGAAAUGGAAGGGAGAUGAAGGAGUCCAGAAGCCACCAUGAUUCUGAAGUGGAGACAACAUACUCCGGGGAUGUUUCUCCAAGGGAGGAAUUGAAGGUCACUGAAGGUCCUUUCACAGCGGAGAUACCCCUACUCAGUGAGGAGAUCCAAGGAACAUCAGAAAUUGUGGUUACUGGUGAUCAGGCAAUGGAGUCCUUUCUCAGAUCUUCCAAUUUUCCCAACAGUUGUGAGGGACAGGAAAAAACUGAACAAAAGUUCUCAGUGUCUUCUGUAUGCCUCAGUGAUACCCCUGAACUAGAAUCAACAACACCUAUGACUGACAGCAUCGAACAGUCCCCCUUAGAGGCACCAAGCAUGACUGGGAGAUUCUAUCAAAGAAAAUCUGAAGAAUCUGCUUUGGUGGAAGUUGCAUGGGAAGACAUGACAGAAGAGUUGGAAGAUGCUAUUUGUAGUCAAUAUUGUAGUCAAUUGAACCCAGAUGAACUUUUGGCAGAAAGAAGAGAACUUGGGCAAAUGGAAGAGGCAAGAAAGACAGAGAUGAGUCAGGAAGCAGAACAAGACAGAAAUGUAUUAGCUGAAGAGAUUGAGCAAGAAGCACUAAAUUGGGCAGCAUCUAUAGAACAAAAAAGAGGGCUUGAAGGGACAGGGUGGACCGAGGAGAUGGUUCAAGGUAGUAUGGAAGAGACGGUUGAGAUGGAUAAUCAACAAUUGGAGGUUGGGAAAGAGCAGGAAGAAGAAAAUGUGGGUGAGAAAGUGCAGGGAGAGAUAAAUACAGCAACACUAAACCAGGCAGAGGAUAAGGUGCUUGAAGAGGAAAGAACGGUUGGAGAAAGCCAUCUGUGGGAUGAAGAAGCAGAAAAAAUCACAGAUGAUCAGGAGAAAGAGUUGGGAAAUAUGUUGUGGAAUAAGGGAAUUCAGCAAAAGCUCCUAGAUUUAACACAGCAUAGAGAGGAAAAGCAGAGAGGACAAGAAGAUGCAACAUGGAGUAGGGGGACUCAGCAAGGUAGACCGGAGGAGAUGGCUAAGAUGGCAAGAGACCAGCAGUUAAAUGUUGAGAAGGAACAGGAAGAAGAUACAAGAGUGGAUGGGAACGAACAGGUAAAACCAAGUGUGACAGCAGAAAUUGAAGGAGACCAGGUGAAGAUGCUAGAAGAGAAAAGGAAAGGUGAGAGAAGCUGUAAUUUGGAAGAAUGUUUAGGAGGAACUGAAGAGGGGAAGGAGAGAAAGCUGGAUGAAGAUGAAAAAGAACUAGAGAGAAUCACUUGGACAAAUAAACUUCAGUAUGAUGCACUAAAUGUUACAAUAGUGAAGACCCAGGAUUUAGAAUCUGGGGAGGAACAGAGAGAAGGCAUAAAGCUGGACACAGACCACCAGAUAAUGAAAGAAGUAGUAACAAAGAACGAAGAAGUUCAGCAACCACUAUUGCACAAGGCAGAGAUGGAAACAAGCCAGAAGAAGGCAUUAGAAGGGGAAGCAAAGGAGAGAGAUUUAUACUGGGAGCCCAAAGAAACUGAGAUUAUGAUAGAGCAGGAAAGCGGGGCACCAGAAUUGGAAAAGGGAGGAAAUUGUAAGCAGGGAGAUUUAUCUGAGAAAGAGGAAAGAGGACUAGAGGGAGUCACUUGGACAGAUAAAUUUCAGUAUGAUGCACUAAAUGUUGCAAUAGUGAAGACCCAGGGUUUAGAAUCUGGGGAGGAACAGGGAGAAGGAAUAGAGCUGGAUGCAGACCACCAGAUAAUGAAGGAAAUAGUAACAAAGAAUGAAGAAGUUCAGCAACCACUACUGGACAAGGCAGAGAUGGAAACAAGCCAGAAGAAGGCAUUAGAAGGGGAAGAAAAGGAGAGAUAUUUAUACUGGGAGCCCAAAGAAACUGAUAUUAUGAUAGAGCAGGAAAAGGAGGAACCAGAAUUGGAAAAGGGAGGAAAUUGUAAGCAGGGAGAUUUACCUGAGAAAGCAAAGACAGAAGAAAAUCUGAAUCAGGAAGUAGAAGAAUCUGUGAAAAAUGAGAUACUUGUUACAGUGGGAAAACAGGAACAGCAAAUAAAAGAAGAAUGGUGGGAAAGUAACCAGGAAGAACAGCCCGAGUUAUUGGUAGACACUUGUGGUCUUAGUGUAGACAUGCUGGAAGUGGCAGAGACUACAUCAGACCAGUCGAAUCAACUGGGAGAGACCACAAAAAACCUGGUGUAUCCAACUUCUCUUGAUACAGAUCUCCUGGCUGGACCCAGAACUUUCCCACAUGAUGUCACAACACUGGAUAGCAGUGCCCAGAAGGAACGGGUGUUGCUACGUCGUAAGAGCUCCAUUCGACGAGCACCCAGCUUGAAGAAACCAAAGAUAUCAACAGAGGCUCCAACAGAAGAGAUAAAGAUGGCUGAAGAUGCUCCAUCUUUAUUGGAAGUACCAAAGAGACAAAACCCAAGAUUGUCUGGGUUUGGGCCUAUGCACCCCAAUAUGAUGGCUGAACUUCAGAUGCGCCUGCAAAAGCCAAAGUGACUUGAGGUUUCAAGAGCUUUAUCAAGUAAUGAACUUGCAUGUUUUUGGCUCUGUCAUGGAUCAAAGCACCCUAACCAGUAAUUUUGAAAGCAAUGGAGGCACCAUCUCUAUGUUCUCUAAAAACUGAAUAAAUUAGACAUCCAUUCUAAAUUAAAUAGUUAGUGAGGAAACAUUGUGUACCUUAUGAAUGGAAAAUCUGAGAAGUAUUGUGAGAAUAUCUCAGCAGAUCUGAUAUCUUUAUCUCUUCACCUGAAAUGAGGAACUCCAGUAUAGCUUUCAUUCUAUUCAUACCAUACUUUGGAAAAACAAAGUAAUUAGGUGGAAACGACCUAACAAUUUUGGAAGGUUAUCUUUACAUUCCAUUAUAUGGUAUGGAGUCUAUCCCCAACAUGCAAUCAAUUUAAACUCAAUCUAUAUUUUACAAGAAUUCAGUGAAACUGAAACAUGUCUGAAGAGAUUACUGUGUGCUGAUUAAUGAUAAGGACUGAGCUAUUAUGAUAGUAUGUGGGAAAGAGUUUGGAAUACUAGACCAAGAGAUACUGCUAAGGGAGCAAUCAGAUAAGAGACAUUAGAGCCCUCAUCUGGAUAGUAGGCAGGGCAAGGGGCUCAAAAGGGUCCGUCCCUAGUUUCUUGGGCUAUAAAGGAAACAGGAGAGAUGCAAUUUCAAAUGUAUAAGAUUCUGUCAAUGUAGCUUUACAAUGAAGUAUAAUUAGCUCAUAUGGUUGUGAUUCCUAUCUGGUUUACCCCGUGAGGCCAACAGCUACAGUUUCAGAGGAGAACUGGCAGCAGAUAGCAUAUAGUGUAUUUAAUCUUUAACUCGUCUGUCAGAGUUUUCCCAUGUUGCCCCUCCCAUCACAGUCUUUCUCCCUACCCAGAUUAGGAUUUAGGCAGAAGAUUGAAAAGAUAACCAAUAUCUGAUUGAUCUGUAUUUUUACUUCCAGAAGAACAUAGAGAUGCUUGUAGGAUUUUCUUCCAGCAAGUUUUCACCCAAAUAACUUGGCCUAAGCUUGAAUGUAAUGCACUUUUGUGGAAAAGGCUUCACUUGAUAUAACUACUUAUUUUUGUUGGUCUUGCAAUCAUUUAUUUCUCAAGUGUGAAAAGGCUGUUCUCAGGCCAAUGGCUACAGGACCACUUUCCUGGACCCAGUCGAAGACAUUUUUACCUGUUCAAGCUUGGGAAUGAUGGUUUUAUUUUUACUGUACUUAUUUUAUUCAACUUUAAUUGCUACUUUUCAUUUUGUUUUUUCACCCAUAGUAUUUUUACUUUUAAUUGGUUUAAGAAUAAGAUGAAAUUCUUAAUAUUUAAGUUUAAUUGUUUUGUUAUCUUUUAUUGUAUUAUUGCAACAUAGUGAAUGUAAAUACCAUAAUGUAUUAUUAGUGCAAUA